UAUUGACAUAAAGUAUUGAUCCUUGUAGAAAGGCAGAUCAACAGACGUUUCAUUAUCUGUCGCGAUAUUUGGCUUGUGGCUGGAGCAGAAUUCAAAUCGUGUUCCGUAGACGGUGGAAAACAAAAAAAUAUGUGAGGUGUGGUGGUACUGUGCCCUUUUUGACGGCAUGGUGGCAAGGUAUGCUAACAAGCAAGGUUGCAAGCUAAACAGCUUGCCAGUUAUCCUCUUAAUAUAUGAUCACUCUGAGGGUAACUGCGCAAUCAACAGUAAGCUUGCAAUUUUGCAAGCUAGCUAGCUAAUCUAGUCCACAGGCUCAAUUGCCAGAGAGAGCCGGCUGGUGGACGAGAUUACGAGUUUAGCUAAUGGAGCUAGUGAACUCGAAUAUCAGGAGGAAAAAAAAGCUUGAUAUCUAGUUACUAGCUAGCUAUGAGGCCUAGCUUGUCAGAUACACAUAUUUUAUCUAAUGUUAGUGUUGUUUAUCAGUUGUAUGCUGCAUUGUUCACUAGAAAGCAUAUGUAUACCAUCGUUUUAUCCAGUUUCGUGCCUACUAAAUAGGACCCAGUUACUGAGUCCCAGUUGUAGAGCAGUUACUACUAGCUACAUUCUUUAUCCAUUUUUCUCGCAACACGGUUUAGCUCCGGGUUUGUCUUUAGUCCACCAUUAGACUAAUCUAUUUGGCAUCCUUGUUUGUUCUGUUCAUUUAAUCAGAUAUUAUAAUCACAGAAUAGCCCACAUGCUUUACAUAAUUGAACAACUAUCCCACCUGACGCCAUUGCUGUACUUAAUGUGUGUCCCACACCUUCCUUAAUAAGUGCUCCUGUAAAAUUUCUCUCUUAUUGCUUCUCUUCAAUUGUGAAAUAUGUCUACUUCAGGAGAUGAUGCGAUCCAGCGACUACAACACAGGUUGAAAGAAGCAGACGGUGCACUGCAGAAAGCAACCCAAUAUGGCCUUCAGCUGCUGAAUCUGCAGAACAAGUUGGAUGAACAGCGGAUAGAGAUGACCAACACUGUGGAGGCCCAGGAGCAAGAGAAAUGCUCUCUGCAGCGGGAAGUGGAGCUGACAAGCCGUGUGCAGGACAGCCUGCGCUCCGACUACGACUUGGUCAAGAGCCAGCAGAGGCUGCAGUGGGAGAAACAGGAAUCCCUGCUGGAGAGGACCCAUGCUAUGGAGCUCAAUGAGUGCAAUAACAAGAUGACAUUGAAGGCACAGCCCUCUGCAGCCCCAGUGGAAACGGACAGCGGGGAUGGGACUUACUACACUGACCUGAAAAUGCAACUUUCAAACUGUGAAGGAUGCAGAGCGACUGGGGGAUGAGUUGUCCAUGCAAAGAAUGAAGUCACUCUCUGAGAGUCAAAGAGAACUGGAGCUGGAGAGAAAGCUUUUCAGUGCAGUGAGGGCCCUCAAACAGAGCCAGAGUGACAACAUCAAGCUGCAAGUGGAAGAGUUUAAGUUUAAAUAUGAGCCCGAUGGUAAAUUUGCCUAUAUAGUGACAUUUACUGGAACACAUAGGUGCAGUGAUUACUUACAUAUUUUAAACAUUUAGACAAUAGGUAAGAGGUAUUAACUCAAUCAUAUGUUGUGUUUUUAGAGGUGAAUAAAAAAUCUUAUUCAGAAGCGCAAGUGCGAGAAACUCCCUGUAGACAUCUCUAGUGACCUCCCAGAGGUGAAGAAAGAGGAGCCCAUGGUCCUGGAGAUGGAGCUCCCCAAGCACAUGAAAGACGAAACGGAAGCAGAGGCCCACCCUUGUGUAAAGGAGAGGCCCACCGUUACCCCUCUGCAGCCCCAAGCCUAACCCUGCCUUGCCCGGAGACAGCAAGUGUGUCCGCAUCUGUGAGGAGCCCCCAAACGCUAUCCCCAACCGCCCCAUGUCCGUGUCCCCAUGGUCCUGCAGACCCCUGUCUCUCCUCCUCCGCGGUGUCAACUUUGGUUUCUUGGUCGUCUUCUUCCUGGGUUUUGUUCGGGCUCUCACCACUCGUCCACCACUGCCUACCCUUCCCCUGUCUUUCGGAAGGGCUGUCACAGGGAAGAGUCUGCACUGAUUUGCCUUUGACUUCCAGUAGGGGCAAAUAUGCUGCCACCUGACCUAAAAAUUGUAUUAAGAUACCCUUUUAUAAGUAUUGUACUUUCCGGGACAUUAUUCCUACAAAGCUGACCGCCUGUAUUAAGGUUAGAAUUGCUAUUAGGAGAACAGUUGUAAUUUACUGUAUACUCUGUACCAUGAGUCAGUGUGUAACUUGUUCUUCCGUUGCAUGCUUUAGAUGCAUAUAAUUUAAGUACUAAUAAUGGUUUACAGCCUGCUGCCUUUGGGAACAGUUUCAAUGACGUUUAUCAUUGUUUUAGCAUUUUCCUGUUCUUAUUAACACCUACUUUAAUUUGGUCAAGUGGUUUUGGAAUUAACCUGUUUACCAUCAAUCUAAUGGGGUGGAUUGUAUGGCGUACCACGUAGGCCUAGAACAUUUGUUUGUAAAUGAAUCCUUUGAUAUUUGUACUAUAAAUGAAGACGACAGGAACACCUACGUGAGAAUGCUA